AUGUCAGUCCCACAACGAACGGACGAGACAAAACAAGAAAUGAUUCCAGCAAUACCUGCAUGCCUUCCGUGGCACGCAGCUUACCCUGCACCAAGGAUUGUUGCAGCCUCGAUAUCCUGCCUCGACCUACUUGGAUGGUUCAAGGAAGGCAAGAAGAUCGGAAAAGACUAUAUCCUCAUUGAUUUGCGUCGUACGGACUUUGAGGGCGGUACCAUCCGAGGUUCAUUGAAUCUUCCUGCACAGAGCCUGUAUCCCACCAUUCCGGCUCUUUAUUCUGUUUUCUCGCAAGCCAAAAUCUCCAAAGUCGUAUGGUACUGUGGCUCUUCCCGAGGCCGUGGACCACGUGCGGCUGGCUGGUUUGCGGAAUAUCUGGAAGAACAGAAGGAUGAGGGAAUGGAAAGCCUUGUCCUGGAGGGAGGUAUUAAGGGAUGGGCAGCAGCCGGUGAUGAUUACACUCGACUGAUGGAUGAAUACGAUGAGUCAAAAUGGAAGGACUAA